UAAUUCAACUACUUUGACUACUUACUCUCUGGCUACUUACUCUGAUUUCUGACUCUCUGACUUACCAUGUCCUUCGCUGCUAAGAAAGGAACAAAGCUCAAUGUACACUCCUUCCCCAGGCCACCGGCUCUCGAGCUUUGUAGGCGACACCUCGUCGUCAAGCUGAAUGGACGCACUAUUGCAGACUGCCCCUCAGGUGCUUAUUGGGUACUCGAGACGCAUCAUGUUCCCACAUACUAUAUUCCACCUACAGACAUAGACAUGACAGCCUUCAAACAAAACGCCCGCUCAACUUACUGCGAGUGGAAGGGCAGUGCGAGCUACUAUGACGUGCACACGCCGCAGGGCACAAUCAGCAGCCGUUGCUGGACUUAUCUCAAGCCUACAGAGCGUUUCAUGCCCAUCAAGGGGUACAUUAGCUUCUAUGCAGACCCAUUUGAGUGCUUUGUCGACGGCGAGCGCGUCGUCCCUCAGCCAGGCGACUUUUAUGGCGGUUGGAUGACACAAGAUAUGGACGGUGGUCCACAGGGUGUCAAAGGCCCACCUGGUACACAGGGCUGGUGACUCAGCGGUGAGUACCACCCCAUGUCUCCUUUCCCUUUUCGCGUGCGGCCCUGAGUUUGCUUUUUGUGUUUUGAGCUUGUCCACAAUCUACAUAUCCAAUCAUGUCCUUUAC